AUGCGGGAAGCGAAGCUGGAGCCCAACUCAGCUACAGCGCUGGGAUCAGCGCGUGCGAGCAGGGCGAGCAGUGGCAGCGGGCGCUGGCGCUGCUCAGCGAGAUGCGGGAGGCGAAGCUGGAGCCCAACUCAGCUGCAAUGCUGGGAUCAGCGCCUGCAACACUGGCGAGCAGUGGCAGCGGGCGCUGGCGCUGCUCAGCGAGAUGCGGGAGGCGAAGCUGGAGCCCGACCCCUAGUCAGCUACAGCGCUGGGAUCAGCGCGUGCGAGCAGGGCGAGCAGUGGCAGCGGGCGCUGGCACUGCUCAGCGAGAUGCGGGAGGUGAAGCUGGAGCCCAACGUCAUCAGCUACAGCGCUGGGAUCAGCGCGUGCGAGAAGGGCGAGCAGUGGCAACGGGCGCUGGCGCUGCUCAGCGAGAUGCGGGAGGCGAAAUUGGAGCCCAAC